UAAUAAUAAUAUUACUGUUCCGUCAUGCUUUUCUUCCAGGAUCAGUAGGUAUUUGCAUAUACAGUAGACUUGGACUUUAAACUUGUAUUAUUUUUAUUUUGAACUCCAGUUUAACAACCAGAAUCUGUAGCUCGGUGUGCUUGAUUGUAGUCUUUGCUGGUCGAUCAAAUAUUUACAUUUUGAAUACAUUAAGAACUAUGCAAAAAGAUUCAUAUACAAACACAAGGUAUUCACAUAUGCACAUUUGUUUUUUUCAGCCUGUUGUUUUUCACUCCGGAGUGAAUGUCUUUUCAUAUACAGCCUUUCUUAUGUAUAACAUAAUGUUUGUGAAAUGAAAUGAACGUGGAUUCAGAAGAACAAUAGACGUUUCGUUCCUCCCUCCUGGGCGUGGCCUCCACCUACCUGCUCCACUUAAUCGCAAUCUUAAACUUCCUGCUUUCUACUUCGUUUCUCUUCAUGGAUUUCAGACAUAAUUGCUUCAGCUUGUGUUUCGUUAUCUUGUGUUCGGUACAUUAAAUCUGUCAUCUGCUGCCAGUCUGUGUAACCUGAGGAAAACACCACCUUGAGCCAAUGAAGCGUAUUCACACCUUUAGUGCUUUGGUUGCCUCCGUCACCUUAUUUCUGAUCUUCUUCUACUCGACCAUAAACCUAGAGACAACCUACAGUCUCAGGGAGGGACCUGCAAACCGUCUGAACCAUCCUACCCUCCAGGUCCACAUCAGAGAUGGUAAAUCACAAGCAUCCAACCAGGGGAGAGUCAUCAUUCUUCCACCGGCUGUCCUCAAUGUGUCUGUUUUGGACGGCCUCAGACACACCAUCCCUCAAAAUGGAGCCUACUGGAACCGCCUGCUGUACUCAGUCUUCAGAAAUCCUUUCGGACACAACUCAAAUUGGUCUCUGUGCAGGCAGACGAAUCAAGAGCAUCUGCGAACCAAUAUGCACGACUUUCCCUCCUACCCUUUCUUAUUUCAGGACUUUUUGCAGGGGAUGAACUGCAGUUCGCCUCCAGUCCUGCUCAAUCAACCCAACAAGUGCCGCUCUGGCGAAGGGAAGGACGACCAUCAGACCUUUCUGCUUGUUACCAUCAAGUCAACUCCUAGAAACUUUGAGCAGAGACAGGCGGUGCGGGAGACCUGGGGUGGAGAAGGCGUGUAUCAGAGUGGACUGAGGGUUCGCACUGUGUUUCUGCUGGGUAGUUCCCCACCGGAGGACCCUGACCUCAGCUCUCUGUUGGCAUUUGAAGCGAGACAAUUUGGGGACCUGCUGCAGUGGGACUUCCAUGAAUCCCUCUUGAACCUGACACUUAAAAUGAUCAUGUUCAUCCAGUGGACGGUGAAAUACUGUCCUGACGCGUCCUUUGUGUUCAGUGGCGACGAUGAUGUAUUCGUCAACACACCAACACUACUCAGCUACCUGCAGUCUCUGGAGCCUUCGAAGGCCUCUCGGUUGUAUGCUGGACAAGUCAUAAGCCAAGCAACUCCCCUCAGGGACCCUAAAAACAAAUACUACAUUCCCCUGAGCUUCUAUGACGGCCCGUACCCUGCUUAUGCCGGUGGAGGAGGUUUUAUUAUCUCUGGAGCGUUGAUGCAAGGCCUAUAUUCAGCUUCAAGCGCCAUUCCCUUCUUUCCCAUUGACGAUGUGUACGCUGGGAUGUGCUUGAAGGCUUUAGGGGUUUCUCCUGAACACCACAACGACUUUAGGACUUUUGACAUCAAGGAUCAGGACCGUGAAAACCUCUGUAUAAUUAAGAAACUUAUUCUGAUUCACCGGCGCUCCCCACAGCAAAUCAAGAGGUUAUGGAAGGGCAUUCACAACCCAUUGCUGACUUGUUGAACAGGACUGGUGACAAUCGAAUCAUUGCAGAAGGAAAGGUAAUCGAGGGUUUUCCAGUAAUUCUGAAAUCUUGAACGGACUACAUAGGGAGCAGUUUCCUGCACUGGUAUGAGUCAUACCAGGACUGUUUUUCAUGAUGAGAAAUUAGAAGUGUAGUAAUCAGCAUUUUAAGUAGUAAUUUCUCCUGGUGAUUUUGUCAAGAGAUAAUUGGUCUUAAAUAAUUUGGACGUCUUUCAUGUUUGCUGUCAUGCGUUUGAAUAAACCUGUCUCUGAUGUAACCCAUUCUGA